CCUCGCCUCCAGUUUGAAAUCCAACCGAAACUUCACCAUGACAUCUUCUAUCCUCUCCGACACUCUCAUCAUCACCAAUACCCAACAUGACACUUCUACUCUCACUCUCUAGUUCCACUCUCUUCCGCCUCACAACUAAACCCACUUCGACACUCACUCGAACAAUCAUAGCCAAAGCCUCCACAGCCACUGCCAUGUCCUCUGUGCCCACCAAAACCAAAGUCGUGCCUGCAGUCAUUGUCGGCGGCGGAAGAGUCGGCCAGGCCUUAAAUGACAUGGGCAGUGGUGAUGACUUGCUCGUCAAAAGAGGACAGCACGUGCCUCUUGACUUUGAAGGCCCAAUCCUGGUUUGCACUAGGAAUGAUGAUCUAGAGGCUGUUCUUGAGUCCACUCCAAGGCCCAGAUGGAACGAUUUGGUUUUUUUCCAGAAUGGAAUGCUGGAACCAUGGCUUGAAACUAAAGGUCUUAGUGAUGCGAACCAAGUGUUAGCUUAUUUUGCCGUGUCCAAGCUGGGAGAACCUCCAGUUGAUGGAAUAACUGAUACCAAUCCUGAAGGACUGACAGCAUCAUAUGGGAAGUGGGCAUCUGCAGUGGCUGACAGAUUACUUGCUGGAGGCCUCACUUGCAAGGUUCUUGAAAAGGAAGCAUUUCAGAAGCAGAUGUUAGAAAAGUUAAUAUGGAUUUCAGCAUUCAUGCUUGUUGGAGCUCGUCAUCCAGGAGCAACUGUAGGUGCUGUAGAGAAAGACCACCGCUCUGAGGUUUCCAGACUUAUUGCAGAGCUAGCGGCUGCAGCAGCAGCUGAGAAGGGGUUGGUGUUUGAAGGAGCCAUGGAAGAUAGACUAUGUGCAUACUCACGAGCAGUUGCCCACUUUCCUACAGCAGUUAAAGAGUUUAAAUGGAGAAAUGGUUGGUUCUAUUCUCUCUCUGAAAAGGCAAUUGCAGAAGGAAAACCUGAUCCAUGUCCCCUACAUACGGCGUGGCUCAAGGAAUUGAAAGUUAUUUAGAUAAACCAGCUCUAGUUUAGAAUGAUCGAUUUGGAUCUCCUUAUGUUGGAGCUAAUACAUGGAGUGUGCUUCUCUUUCAUUAAUAAUGGAAUGUUCAUCGAUUUAGAUCAUUGUGACUGUCAAUUGCAUUGUUAAUAUAAAGCAAAACACUUGUUGA